AAAUUAACUGUGAGCCUGCGAAGGAGCGUAUAAAGCCACCGACAGUCUCGAUGAACGAGUUGCCGCCAUGAGUAUUACUAGUACAUAACUAUACAACUGUAUGUCCCAGAAUAACUGAAUAAUCUCCUAAAAUCUCUCUUGUGCUCCCCUCCUGAUCUCAUUUCAAGAUCCGAAAAUGGGGUCUCUUCCCCCACAAAGUUCGAAACAACAAAAGAACCAAAUCCACAUUGAUCCAGACAAUCUCUUAACCCUCUUCAAAUCCCAACAAAAUCACCUUAAUUACUUUUUCCAAAAUCUUGAUCUUUCUCAAACCCUAACUUUCACACAAACCCUUUUGAACUCCAAUGGCACAAUUUUCUUCACUGGCAUUGGGAAAUCAGGUUUUGUGGCCCAGAAAAUCUCCCAAACUCUUGUUUCUCUCGGAAUUCGAGCUGGGUUUUUGCCCCCUGUUGAUGCUCUCCACGGUGACAUUGGAAUUUUGUGUGAUAAAGAUAUUUUGGUUUUAUUUAGUAAAAGUGGGAAUACUGAGGAAUUGUUGAAAUUGGUGCCUUGUGCUAAGGCUAAAGGGGUGUAUUUGAUUUCUGUCACUUCUCUUCAAGGGAAUGCUUUGAUGGGUGUUUGUGAUCUUAAUGUGUUUUUGCCUUUGGAGAGGGAGUUGUGUCCUUUUGAUUUGGCUCCUGUUACAUCAACUGCCAUUCAGAUGGUUUUUGGGGAUACCGUGGCGAUUGCGAUGAUGGGUGCUAGGAAUUUGAGCAGGGAUGAGUAUGCUGCAAAUCAUCCUGCGGGCCGAAUUGGGAAAAGUUUGAUUUUUAAGGUAAAGGAUGUUAUGAAAAAGCAAGAUGAACUUCCAAUCUGCAAGGAAGGUGAUUUAAUAAUGGAUCAGCUAGUAGAGCUAACUAGCAAAGGAUGCGGGUGCCUUCUUGUUAUUACCAAUGAAUACAACUUGAUUGGCACAUUUACAGAUGGUGAUUUGAGGCGGACUCUAAAAGCUAGCAAGGAGGCAAUUUUUAAAAUGACAGUGGGAGAGAUGUGCAAUAGGAACCCAAGGACGAUUGGGCCCGAAUUCAUGGCAAUUGAGGCUAUGCAGAAGAUGGAGUCUCCGCCAUCUCCAGUUCAGUUCCUCCCUGUCAUAAAUCAGCAAAACAUUGUCAUUGGUAUUGUUACACUGCAUGGAUUGGUCUCAGCUGGCUUGUAAAAUUGUGUGUCUUAAUUAUUGGAAUUAUUUUGUUGAUGGUCUGUUGUAAAUUCACCAUAUUCAGUUUAUAUAUGUAAUGAUGUGAUGAACAGCUGAUUAUGGUUGUAGAAUUUGCUUAUCCCA